GUCUAGAGUCUCGUUUCAAGAAAAAAUCAAGCUACAUGCGCUACAGCUGUGAAAGCAGAAUACGAAGCUACAUGAAAGAGGUUAGUGGGUUCAUGCCAAACGUUCAUCCUUCAGCCAGAGAUGCAUAUAAAGGGGUAGUCGACCUGAUGGCAGAGAAGCUGAAGUCCGUGAAGUACAACGGCUGCUACUUUGACAGGCAGGAGGAGGAGGCAGCGCGCCUGUGCACCGCCGAGGGCUGGUUCUCCUGCCAGGGCCCUUUCGACAGAGACGCCUGCCCCUGUAAGCACUCCAUCAACCCCUACAGCAACCGGGAGAGCAGGAUCCUCUUCAGCACCUGGAAUCUCGACCACAUAAUAGAGAAGAAACGUGCUGUUGUCCCCGAACUGGCAGAAGCUGUCAAAACACGAGACGGAAGAGAAGUGAACUGGGAAUACUUCUAUCAGCUGCUGUUUACCGUGGAUAAUUUAAAACUCGUACACAUUGCUUGCCAUAAGAAAACCACUCAUCACCUCAGCUGUGACAAAACGAAAAUCUACAGGAAAAGGAAGCAAAACCACAAGAUUUUGUAG